AGCUUCAAUAUUCUGCAUUUCUGGCCAGUCACAGGCUGAGCAUAAAGUAGAAUCAUAGUUAAAAGCAUCUUCAGAUUUAUUUCACCAUCCUUACUCCACAGGGCUCCCUCUUUAUUGGAACUUUGCAUAGCAGCUCUCGGACAGCAUUCUUGUAGCACCUUAGUUUGGCCACAGACCCACUCUCUUCUGGGUCUGAUGUCAUGGUGGUUCAGCAUGAGCAUGGAUAGUGAACCUGGCCCCCUGGGGCAAGGACAUCCUCCUUCUGUGCUGCAGUGACGUGCGCUACUCUCCUUGUCAAGCUCUGGAGAUGUCAGAGACGAGGCUUGUUUCUCAGCCAGAACUUUUCUUACUUUGCGCCCAAGUAAUUUUAUUAAAACUGGAUUAUCCAUUAGAACUGGACCAUUAAAUAAUCUUUAAAUCCACCAAUUUUUUGUUGAUGACUGAUAUUAGUAUUCUGACUCAUUUCUUCAUCUGAUUUUCUCAAGUUUGGGUUUGUCUACCUACAGGUGCAAUGUUUGUAGCCAGCCAAGGAUGACCACGUCAGCCAUGAAACUUUCCAGUGAACUCAAAAUAUAGCCUAUUCAGGUUUUUAGUAGUCAACCUUUUCUUAUUUUACUGUAACAUUGAGUUAGUUACAAAAUUUCACUAUAGGGGAAAUUGCUAUUGCUAGCAUCUUUUUUAUUUAAAUUUACUGUUAAAAGAUAGUUUACUGGACAUAUGAUCAGUGCCAACUGUCAGCAGGGCUAUGAGUUCUGUGCAACUGGCUGCCCCAAUUGAUCAGAUUGAGAUUAUUUUGCAUAAAUUAGGCAGUUCAUUGGCUUCAAAAUGCUCAUUUUGCAUGAAAAAAAUUUCAUUACAACCUACAUCUUCCUGAGCUCAAGUUGAGCUCUCAUGUGCUACUCAGCCUUAAUGUUAUUUUCUCUUUCUGAUAUAUACAAACAAAGCUAUCCAUAUUUUAUUUUUGAAUCUAAUUAUUGUAUUUUGUGAAAUAUUUUUUCUAGAUGUCUUAGCUCUGAAAAGAAUUACUUCAAAAAUGUCAACACCUAACAUUACGGCUCAUCUUGUGAAAAAGCUGCGGCAGUUGAUGAAAGAUGCAAGCUUUGUCCCUAAAGCAUUGCAUGCCUACAUUAUCCCAUCCUGUGAUGCACAUCAGUCAGAGUACACAGCCGAGUGUGACCAGCGUCGAGCCUUCAUAUCAGGCUUCACCGGAUCUAUGGGGACAGCAAUAGUGACUGACACAGCUGCUGCUCUAUGGACUGAUGGCCGGUAUUACUUGCAGGCUCAGCAAGAAUUGGAUCAAACCUGGGUCCUCAUGAAAGAAGGGCAGCAUGACACUCUGAGAGAAGGGCCAUGGCUCGUCAAUCAUUUUAAAGGCUAUAUGCCUCAGCAAGGCUGUGUGGUGGGUGUAGAUCCAUUGCUACUAGAUCAAAAGUGCUGGGUGGAGCUGGAGAAGGAGCUUCUGGGUGCUGGUCACCAGCUUGUUGCUGUUACAUCCAACCUCGUUGAUGUCGUGUGGGGCGCUGACAAGCCUCAGAGACCCAACAACCCUGUGCUUGUCCAUGAUAAACACUGGACAGGAAAAAGUCAUAUAGACAAAAUAAAUGAAUUGCGCAACACAAUUAAGCAGAAGGAUUGCUAUGCUGUUGUCCUCACAGCUCUGGACGAUGUUGCAUAUCUACUGAACAUGCGAGGCAGCGACAUCCCCUACAACCCCUUGUUCUUCUCAUACAUGAUCGUCACACUGGAAAGCGUCACCAUUUUCGUUGAUGUCUCCAAGUUAACGGCUGAAGCAACGCAGCAUCUGCAGCAGGAACCCUGCCCUGUUGAAGUUGCUCCCUAUGAAGAUCUCCUGCCACGCCUCACGCAGGUGUGCUCGAGUGUGCCACCGGGGCAGUUCGUGUGGCUACCCACCACCUGCUCCCAGGCCGUAGUGGGCUGCGUGCCGCCCCACCAACGUCGCCUGCUCUGCACGCCCGUCGCUCUGCCCAGAGCUGUCAAAAACCCUACAGAAAUACAAGGGCUGGAGGCUUGCCACGUCCGUGACGGUGCGGCGCUGUGCAGCUUCCUGGCGUGGCUGGAACAGGAGGCGCCGCAAGAGACGCAGACGGAAAUGUCCGCGGCCGCCUACCUCGAGCAGUGCAGGGCGAAGCAGGACAACUACCGCGGCCUGAGCUUUGAGACGAUCACGGCGGUGGGCAGCAACGCGGCCAUCACGCACUACCGCACCAGCCCCGCCACCAACAGGACGGUCACCACCCGCCACAUCUACCUCGUCGACUCCGGCGCCCACUACAGUGAUGGCACCACGGACGUCACGCGCACGCUACACUUCGGGGAGCCGACAGCGGCGGAGCGCGACGCCUUCACGAGGGUCCUGAAGGGGCACAUCGCUCUCGCCACCGCAGUCUUCCCACCCAAAAUAAAGGGCAACCGUCUGGACAGUUUUGCACGGCAGUUCCUGUGGUCGGUGGGGCUGGACUAUGGCCACGGCACUGGCCACGGCAUCGGCAUGUUCCUCAACGUACAUGAGGGCCCCAUGGGCAUCGGCUGGCGGACCUACCCUGACGACCCUGGCUUGGAGGAGGGCAUGUUCCUGUCUGAUGAACCCGGAUACUACAAAGCGGGAGAGUUCGGCAUCCGCAUUGAGAGCAUCGUGCGCGUGGUGAAGGCGGACACUCCGCACCGCCACAACGAUCAGGACUUCCUCACCUUCAAAGUGGUCACUCUGGCACCCAUACAAGCCAAACUCAUCGACGUCUCGCUGCUCACUAAUGCUGAGCUGGAUUGGCUGAACGCGUACCACGAGACCGUGAGGAAGGAAGUUGGUGCUGUUCUGAGUGCGCAGCGCGACCAGCGCGCGCUGGAGUGGCUGAUGCGGGAGACUGUGCCUAUAGCGCGUCUCGCCUGAGCUACUCUCCGCCGCACGUAGCAUGGCUCAUCUUCGUCAUUAAUGCGUGUCGGCACCUUAUACCCAAUCCAUGUAUCUUCAGUAGUAUACGCAUUUUUUAAAUUUAGCUAACUAUUUUUUCAGAUCAAUGAAGCAAAUGGCAGGGUAACAGUUUUUACAAGACGCGACUUCGAAAUUCUAACUUUGCACAUUAUAAUUCAUUUUACAGUAUGCAGAAAAUAAAUGAUGGACAUUAA